AUGAGCAUCAUGAGAAUAGCCACAAUCCCGAACCGCCAACAGGGCGAUUUAGCAAGCCCAUUGCAUCAUGGACUCAUGUCCCAAGAUCUUCACAACCAAAUGGUAAUUAAUUCCAACUAUCAUCCUCAAAUUCAGCAAUUAAAACAAUAUCAGGAGUUACAACAUCAAGAAAACCAGCAGCCACAAAUUCAAUUGCCGGCUCUCCCGCCUUUAUCAGAAAGUGCGAUACCGACUGGAAUUUCAUUCAAUCCCAGAAUGUUUUCUCGACCUGAAGACCAAAGACAAAUGUUGACACAAUCACAACCACCAGCAUCUUCAAGUAAGAGAAGAAGAGAAAAUGCAGGUACUAAAUCCCGACCUGCGUUUGUAAUGAAAAUUUGGUCCAUGGUUAACGACCCGCUGAACCAAGAAUAUAUAAGGUGGAACGAGGAUGGUAAAACAUUUCAAGUGUUCUACAGAGAAGAGUUCAUGAAGAAAAUCUUGCCCAAGUAUUUCAAACAUAACAACUUUGCAAGUUUUGUCAGGCAAUUGAAUAUGUAUGGCUGGCACAAAGUCCAAGAUAUCAGCAAUGGUACUUUAAAUCAGAAUAUGGGUAAAGACAAAGGCGGUGUAGAAGAGACUUGGAAAUUUGAAAACCCCAAUUUUAUACGCGACAGAGAAGAUUUAUUAGAAAGAAUUGUACGAAACAAAAGUGGAGAAGAAACUGUAGGGGGUUCAAUGAGUGAAGAUGUCAAUUUGCCAUUAAUUCUUAAAGAAUUAGAAGCUAUCAAAAUGAAUCAAUACGUUAUAACUGAAGAUUUGCGUCGUAUCAGAAAAGAUAACAAGACCCUUUGGCAGGAAACUUAUCUCACUCGAGAACGAAACCAAAAUCAAGCUCGUACUUUAGAAAAGAUUUUGAAAUUUUUAACUACAGUUUAUGGAAACUCAAAUGCUGGUAAAAUUCUUGAAGUUGACCAAGGUCAGUUUAAUCAAAUGAUGACACAAUACAAACCACAGCCCGCGCCUCGUCCACCAACAGCUCAAACAUCUGCACCCAAUGGUGCUCCAUAUUACCGUCCUAGAUUAAUGUUGACAGAGGAUGCACAUAAGCAAACUAAUAGUCCUCCUUCCGUUCAAAGCACUCGCCCUGCUCGGGUUCCAUCACAGGUCGAUUCUACGCCAGGUACAAUUGAAGAAAUUAUAAGGAAUUAUGAUACCGAUAAGAGUAAUACCAAUCUGAAUAGCAUGUAUCAACAUUUACUUGACCCUGAUCCAAUUGCCUCACUUUCUUCGCCUAGACAGUUAUUUCCUGAAUUGCAUGGCAGUAGUAUGCCUUCAGAACCUAUACAUCAUACAAACUUUGGUGUCGAAGAAGUAGAGGAUGAUGAUAUGAUCAAAGGAUUACAACAGAAUAUAGAUAAACAAGGUCAAUCCAUUCAGCAAGUACAAGAUUGGAUUGAAAGAUUGGCCAAGCAAAAUGAGAAUCAAGAGGAUCCGACAUUACGGAAUGGCCAGGAACACCAUGAUGAUGACACUUUUGAUGUUAACGAGUUUUUGGAGGGCACGGCUACUCCGGUCAAUGUACCUACCAUUAUUACUCCUGGACUGAAUGCUACACCUAGUGAAACUAGAAAACGGUCAAUCCAGGAAGUAUACGAUGGAAAUGAGUACUAA